UGUGUACAUUAGGAGUUGGAUAGCUGAAGAGUCUACGCGUGUUUUUAUUUUCGGUCUUUCGUUUAACGGUUUUAAGAGAAAAAAAAUAGAAUCCAAAAGAAUAACACUUUGAUUUUUUCCAACAUAAAUUCUUUGUGAAACUGAAUAGGAAAACUGAGAGAACUUUAUAAAUUUUGUAACAAAUUGUGAAGCAAAAACAACAAAGCGACAACAUUGAUCAACUUAACUUGGAUUUAUCAAUCAAAUUUUAUUGGGAUUAAAUUUUCGUUGAAAAAAAGUCAACUUCAUGAAUAUCACAUUGAACUGUAUUGAAAAAAGUGAUUUUGACACAAAAUGUCAUCGUUUAAGUACUUUAAACUAUUUUAUGUGCAGCUGGUGAAUAACUCAGGCGUCUUUGUCAAAUAAAUUUAUUUAUCAUUUUUUUUUGCAAAUGGAAGAUUAAGAAGAAAGUGUCAGGCAAUAACGAGUUCUCGAUGAACAAGAACGACAAACGAAAAAAAUAAUAAUAAACAAACGACGACUACGAUUGAAUAUACUUAAAAACUAUUCAAAUUCAAUUGAAACGCAAUAAAUAAACAAUAUCCGAUUGGUUAAAGUGACUAUACUGAACUGUGGUUUCUAAUAUACAUGUGGAAUAUUUGUGUGAUCAUACCAAGUGUGUGAAUCAGUUUUAACCAGACGGAAUUGAACGAGAGAUAAACGGAGUUUACAAAGAGCGAAAAAAACGACUCAAAAAGAAUAACAAACACUUGAUUUAAAUCAUAUUUAUUUUUUCGAUAAAAGAGAACACAUAAUACAAACGACAAAAUGCCGAAAAUAUUUUUGAUUAAAAAUCGCUUACAUCAACAGCAAUUGAAAUUGCUCGAGUCACAGAAUUUGCUUGCGGCAAAGAAUGACUUGGGAUUGGGUGAUCGCGAUGAAGAUGACUCUCACUCUGGCGAUGGACAAAAUGAACCAUUAUCCUUGGUUUCACGUAACAGGGACAGAGAUAGCAAUGAUUCUGAUCGUGAUAUAUUCAGCGAACAGAAUCAACAAACAGAGAGGUCGAGCACAUCAUCAUUGUUGGCCUCACUCAAACGUUCGGCUGAAAGACAGGCAAUUGAUCCAGAACGACCGGCACGUUUUAUUUCAUCAAUAUUGGGUGGUGGUAUUCCAUAUGGUGCAAUUGGACACGUGUUGACACAAGCUCAACGUAAAUCAUAUCCAAGCAUUCCAAAUAAAAGCCACGACAAAGAGCGCAAUCAACCGAAAUUAAUCAAAGAAAAGGAAACAUUGCCGACAGAAGACACAAUAAAUUUAAAAACAAAACCGAAACCAUCACGUUCACCAUCACCGGAACCCGUAGUACGGUGUUCGGUCAUCAAACGUACACCAUCAUCAUCAACCGAAAGUGCAUCGAAAUUGAUAUCGGCACAUAGCCGAAGCAAUCGAAAAGAUACCGACAUUAAAUUGCCAAAGGCAAUUGUUGAGCAUACAGCACAUUCGGAACCGGAACAAGAUCAACCCAUUGAUUAUCACAUUCCAAAGCGAAAAGACGAUUUGGUCGAUGAGAAGGAAAUGAAAUAUCGUUUAAUUAAACGGACAAGUGCAAUAAUUUCGCGACCCAUUUACUCUAUAUGGAAUUCACAAAGUGAUUCAAAAAUAAUGUCAGCAGCAGCAGGACACGGACGAUCAAAUGGUCAAGGCGGCGGUUCGGGCCAAGGACAACAAAGUUCAAAUGGUGGCAGUAGCAAUGGCAGUGGUUUAAACGGAUACGGUGGAAGUGGUUUGGGUGGCAACAAUGGCAAUGUUGGUGGUAGUUUGAACGGGGGUAAUGAUGGCAAUGGCGGACGUGACAAUCGUGAAAAUCGCUCAAAUUACGGUCCAAAUAGCCCACCAACCGGAUCGUUGCCACCAUUCUAUGAGAGUCUCAAGAGCGGUAAUGGUGGAAUUAAUGCAUACAAUGCAGCUAACGCAAAUUUCUUGGCACAAAAUGGUUACAAUACAUUGAUGGCAUCGAAUAUGAACAUGGACUGUGAUACGACUCAGGAGCAUUCAAGCAAUAAUUAUUCAUCGGAAUCGACGGCAUCAUCGAAUGCGGCCAAACAAUUUUCAAUGCUACACAAUGCUGCGUAUGGUCUCGUUUUGAAAGAUGAAAUCGAUGACGAUGCAAUGAACAACAUCAAUCCGAAUAUGAUGCAAUCGAAUCAAAACUAUCCGUAUGAUGUCAACGAUAGUAUGAUGGGCGAAAUGAACAAUGGCAACGUGGAUCCAUUACAAUUUACAGCAACACUUACAUUCUCAUCACCGGCCGAACAUGCAUUGCUUGACAGUUUAACUGAUGCCGUUGAUUUGAGUUCAUUUUUACAGCGGUUGCCAAACGAUGAUCAAUCAAGUUCGGGCAAUGAUUUGGAAAUUGCAUCAACACCAUCGCUUACACCGGACUCGGUGUCGGUCAAUCCAAAUGAAAACAAUUGCCUUGAAUCAUUCCCAGAAAUUGUACUUAAUCGCAGCUAUGAUCGUGGACAAUUCAAUCUACCGAAUGGUCAUAGUCGCUACCAUGAACCCAAUCAUCCGCCACCAUAUCAACAGAAUCGUGACAUUCAACAAUUAUUCCAGCAUCAACAUCAACAACAACAACAACAGCAACCACAGCAUCCAUCCCAUCCAGCGCCAAUUCAAUCCGGUCAUCAAGGACAUCCGGUACACCAUUCGGAACAAUUAUCGAUCAGCCAUUAUGACAUGGAUUCACAUAGUAAUAUGUCGUUGCCGUCACCCGGUUCGGUUGAAGCACCCGAUGCAAAACCCAUCAUACAAAGUGUAAGUGGGCCUGUUAAUGAAGUGGUUGCUAGCGAAGCCAAACGACGGUUGGGAUUGCCACCAGAAGUGCAGCUUGAAUUUGUAAACGGUGGUCAUGGCUUCAAAAAUCCAUUGGCUGUUGAUACCGUUCACAGUCAUCGCAUUCGAUCAAACGAAGAAGAAAAGAAGGCAUCAUCCGAAAGCAAUGGUCCAAACGAUGAGAAUAAAUUCGCAUGCCGACAAUGUUCGAAAUCAUUUGCACUCCAACGGCUACUUAAUCGACACAUGAAAUGUCAUUCGGAUAUCAAACGGUAUUUGUGUACAUUCUGCGGCAAAGGAUUCAACGAUACAUUCGAUUUGAAACGACACACGCGAACACACACCGGUGUACGGCCGUACAAGUGCAAUUUAUGCGAAAAAUCAUUCACACAACGCUGUUCACUCGAAUCACAUUGCCUUAAAGUGCAUGGCGUUCAACAUCAAUAUGCAUACAAAGAGCGUCGCACAAAGAUGUACGUUUGCGAAGAAUGUGGUCACACAACAAACGAACCAGAAGUUCACUACUUGCACUUGAAGAAUAACCAUCCAUACUCGCCGGCACUCUUGAAAUUCUACGAUAAACGUCAUUUCAAGUUCACGAACUCAACAUUUGCCAACAACUUAUUGGGCCAAUUGCCGAUGCCUGUCCACAAUUGAGCAUCGUAUACAAUCAUCGCGGAUACGAAUAUUUCAAAAGAAGAAGAAAAAAUCAUCAAAAAAUCAUUAAGGAUUUAUAGCAUCAAAAAUUGUUAAUCUCUUUUAUACUCAUCGAAAUUGUUUAUUAAGAUUUAGAUUUCUUUUUCAAAUGAUAAUCGGCGCUCAUUUUUCGGAGCGCAACAAAUUUCGUUUAAUUCUUUUUCGCGUGUUAAGGAUUCUUAUUAUUAUUUAAAUAUUGAUAGCUCAAAGAUUCAUUCCAUAUCGAUGUGGUACAAUUUUUUUAUUCAUUACGAAAAUUAUUUGCUCACUUGCUCUGGAUCAAGUAAAGUAUGUCAAAUAUUAAAAUUAAUUUAUUAAUCGAACAGAACUGAUAUGAAUAUUUUAGGAACGAGUUAAAUUGAAGAAAUUAAUAUCACAAUUAGGAAAUGUAAUCGCACUUGAAAGAAUUUUCGCAAAAAAAAAAACAAACAAAUGAAAUUAAAAUGAAUAGAAGAAUAAUGAAAAAGAAAUUGUAGCAUUUGAUGAACAAAAUGAAGCAUAUUCCAUACAUUUUAUAUCUCAUUUUAUAAGAAUAAAACAAACAACGCAAACUUAUACAUAUAUAUAUUGUUUUUAAAAAAAAUGAAGAGGAGAUCAAAACGACUGGUAAACUGAUUGAUUCGUUCUAACGAAUGACUAUUAACGAACGUAAAUAGUUUUUUUUUUUGUUUACGAAAAUUUCAUAUUUUUAUGGAUAUAUUUUUACACAAAUUUGAGAAGAGAAAGAAAAAAAUCAAACAGGAAUUUUUAUAAAAUAUCAAAUCGAAGAAUUUUGGUGAUCAAAUUCGGACCAAGUCCAUAUGUCAUUCCAAAUUAAGCACCGAUUAAAUUUUAAAACAAAACAAUAAGUGAACGAAAAGAAGAAAAAAACAAAUACAGAACAAAAUUUAGAGCAAAAAUACAAAACAAAGUUCAUUCAUUCAGAUUCGACAUCAAUCAGUAUUGAAACUCAAAACAAAGUAUCGGGUUUUUUGUGCAAUCUGGGUGAUGGUUAAACUGGGGUUCAUUUAUUAUUAAAUCGUUUUAUUUUAAUCGUUACUACUACUACUACUAUUAAUAAUAAUAAUAUUCAGUUCCAUUGCGAACGUUUUUUUCCUUUGAUUUAAGUUAAAAUUUUAAUUAGGUUUUACUGAGACAUUUAAGUUUAGACAAUAUUAAUUGAAGAAUACAUAUGAUAAUAAAUGAAAAGACAAUUAACAUAUUUUGAUAAAUUAAAAAUUAUAUUGUUUGGAAAUUCGAAAAAAAAAGGAAAAUUCGUUCUCUUUGAGCAGAAAAGCGAAGAAUUUUUAUUGUAGAAAAACUUCAUUUGUCCUACGAUUCAGUCACUUGACAAUGGAGUGCGGAUUUUUUUUGCCCUAAUUUAGAACCUAAUCUAACAAAUAACACGAAUUGCAAAUUGGCGCUUCCAAAUGCUUUGUAGUUUGAUUGAAAGAGAGAGAAAAAAUACUAAACAUCUUUUGAUAAUAAGUUUAUUUUUUUUAUUAAUUUUUUAUACGACAUACAUUGAGAUUUUAAAUGAUGUUUGAAACAAAUUCCAGAAAUGAAAAUUCCCUUCUGUAUUUUCACCAUUUUAUUUGGUUUUCCGAAUGGUCAAAUGUCCAAUAUUGAUUUUGAUUGAAAAAAAUGAAGAAAUAAAUGGAUACUAUUUUUUGGAAAUAUAAAAUUGUGUACCAAGAUCAAAGUAAUAGGAUUAGUCACGCACAAUCACAAUCAAAUUCAACACAUUAGAAUUACCGCAUUCUAUUCGAUGAAAAUAAACUGCAGAAUAUCUAUAAAUCAAAAUUUCUAAAAUCAUUUGUAACUGUUAAGCUCGAAUUAAGCAUAUUUAUUAUAUCCAUUUAAUAUUUUUUAUGGAAAAAUCUGUUCUACACACAACACACAUCAAAUUAUUAAAGAAAAAUAGAUCAAUAAAAUAAA